AUGUCUAGCAGCGAGCUCAGUACCUCAUGUCGGUUCUCAACCCGUAUUUCCCUCCGAUGGCUUCCUGAGAAGGCUCAAGAAACGACGGAUACAAUAGUGAUGUCUGUCAAGGACUGGUACCUUGACCUACGGAUGGACAAGAAUCAUGGCGGGAUCGACUGGGCAAUUGCCGGUCAACGAGUCGUUCAGAGCCAAGAACCACUGCGCGUAGCAUUCACGCAUGAGCUCGACUCUCACAAUGCAUUUGAGAGUGUGGACUGCGGCACCUUUGUCUCGCUUCCCAAUGGCGAUGAGUUAGAGACUGGAUCCAUGCCUCGUCCAGAUCUCCCAGGCGCACCUGUGACCGACUAUGAGGAGGUUUGGCGGGAACUUCCUUUCAAAGAAGGGCCCGAGGGGCCAAAUCGGGGCAUCUCAUGGAUCCUCGAGUCCGAUGAUAGUGACCUGGACAACCAGGCAGAAUCGACCACAGUGACUAAGACUUUUCUGGGUCGCAUUUGGGGUACCUUUUUAGCUUUGCAACAGGAGCAGACUGUCGUUCGCCAAAAGAAUUCAGCUGGUGACUGGGUCAUCCGCAAGAGUGGAAACGAGGUUAGUGCAAGACGAGAAGAGUGGAACGCUGGUUGGCAAAACAAGUAUGUUGUCGGAGCUGAAGGCGCUUUACUGCCAUCUAUGAAGGCUGGUCUUGGAGAAGAAGGGACUAAACCUUGGAGAACUGUCGGUGAGAAGAUUGUUAUUAAAGGUAAGCGAUUUAUUGUUAGAGCAUUCGAGGAGAUUCAAUAA